GGUGGAAACACAGCACAAAGCCGACCUGUCACCACCUCUCUGCUCUCUCACACACUGCCUCCCGCAUGAACCCCAUGGCCAGGACGAAGCAGAAGGGCACCCAGUGCAGCGGGCUGAGUGUGUGGGGCUGGGGCAGAGCUGGCAGGGUGGGCAUCAGCUUUAGGGCAUCAUCCCAACUUCAUGCCAAAGCUUCUGCAUGAUCUCAAACCUGGCUGCGUGAUGUCCUUUGCUGUAUCCAUGGGAAAGCAGAGGCUCCCAGCUGCUCUCUGCUUGUGCCAAAAGCCAAGCAUGUGGCUUACAGGUCCUUGGGAGAGCCCAGCCUCCAAUCCCAACACCCCCCCCCCCCAGGGAGCCAGCUGUGUCCUGGGCAUUAGCUGACUGCUUCAGACUGCACGGGACACCAACUGCUGAGCCCUUCCCACUCUCUCCUGGAAAGGAGCUGUUGUCUGAAUGCAGCAGAUUUAGCCAGAGGGCCAAAGGGCACAGAAAGGAUUCUGUUGGACUGUUGUUCAAGAAGGGACAGACGGCAUGUGCAGGCUUGCCCAGAUAAAAGAACGCCUGAUCAAGCGGCCCAGUGAAGCUGGGGAGCAGCCAAGGAAUGAGCCGCUCUCUGUGUGGAUGGGUUGUUACCAGAUAGCGCAGAACAGGAAUGUGGCUACGCAGGCGUCAGUCCCUGCCACCAGUGUCACAGCCCACAGGCAAAACCCACAAACACGACAACCAGCACCAACAGCUUCACUUGCAAUCGACCCCACGCAGCUCUGUGAGGCACACGGGCAGAGGCCGCUGCCUCUUGGUGGGGCAGCACGGCCCCAGCUCCCUGAAGCACGACACCACUGGCCCAGGAGAUGCACUGAGCGUGCAGGAGUCCCGGGGCUGCUGCAGGGCUCCGCGCCUUCCAGAGCGAUGCUGCUUGCCUCACAGGCCGGCACGACCAGGCUCGCCUCGGACACUUACCUGGCAAAACUCCUGGAAGGGCUCAGCAGCCUUCGCGCGCAGAGUGCACUGUGUGAUGUGACGCUGGAGGCAGAAGGGGUUUGCUUUCCAGCCCACAAGAUCAUUUUAGCAUCAGCAAGUAAUUACUGUAAGAUCCUGUUUGUUGGAAAUGUGGCAAGAGCAGGGAGCCUGGAUGGUAACGUCCGGCUGAAAGCCGUCAGCGCUGCUGGGCUGAAGAACGUUCUCAACUUCAUCUACUCCAACAAACUAGAGCUCUCAUUGCAGAAUGUCGAGGAGACCUUCAAAGCUGCAGAAACCCUCCUGGUCCGGGAGGUGAUCAAGCUGUGCUUUCGCUUUCUGGAGGGUUGCUUGAACUGUGAGAACUGCAUGGACGUUCUUAACAUUACUAAAAAACUGGGCCCAGCAGAGCUGAGACAGAAAGCCCUGCGCUAUGUGGGGCAGCACUGCAAACAGAUCCUGACUGAUCAGCAGUGCUUGAAAGACCUGGACCGAGGAACCCUCUGUGAGAUUUUAGACAGGGCCGACGCUGAGGGAUGCAGCGAGCUGGAACUGCUCAGCGCUGCUGUGAGCUGGCUGCAGCAUGACCGCACACGGCUGGGAGAUGCAGCAGAUCUUUUAAGGUACAUACGAUUCCCUCUCAUUCCUUUAUGGGAACUACAGAGAUAUGUCCAGGAAACACCUCUUCUGAGGCUGGAUGCGGGCUGCCACAAGUACGUGCAGGAGGCUCUGGAUUACCACUCCCAGCUGUAUGCUCAGCCAGUCCUGCAGACCCGGAGCACGAGCCUCCGCUCUGCUUUCCCUGUCCUGCUCGUUGCUGGCGGCAGAACAGCCAACAACAGUGUGUGCAGAGAGAUGUGGGCUGCAGACCAGAGCUGCAGCGCCUGGCGCAAGGUUGGGGACCUCUGUGUGCCUGUCUACAACCACUGCAUUGCCAUUGUCAACGAUUUCCUCUUUGUCAUCGGGGGACAGUGCAGAUUUGAUCCCACGGGAAAGCAGCCCUCAAAUGAGGUUUUCCGAUUUGAUCCCCGAAACACUUCAUGGCUCCAGGUUGCCAGCAUGCUGGAGAGGCGGACGCGCUUCCAUGCAGAUGUGCUGUUGGAUGGCAUCUUCGCCGUGGGUGGUGGGACGCUGCUGGGGACCCUCACCCGCACCGUGGAAUUGUACCAGCCCGCUCACAACAAGUGGGAGUUCACAGCUCCAUUCCCCACACCUAUUGCUGACCAUGCAGGCACAACCCACAAGGGAAUCCUCUAUAUUUCAGGGGGCUUCUCGGGGGGCAAGACCGUACGAGACACCUACAGCUACCUGCCUCGCCUCCGCCGCUGGGUGGGCAACAGCGCCAUGUCUUUCACCCGCUGUGACCAUGGGAUGGCUGCCGUCCAGGACAGGAUCUUUUGCGUUGGGGGAAGGACACUAAAAGAAGCAGACAAAUGGGUUCCUGUCAGUGAGAUGGAGUGUUAUUUUCCUGUCAGCAAUCAGUGGACAACCCUAACGUCAACCCCGUUCAGCUGCUGCCAGUUCAGCAUCGCAGCCCAUGGGACCACACUCUACCUCGUAGGAGGUGCGUCGCUGCAGCGCAUGAAGAAAGAAGACAGUGUUUUCCUGUAUGAUGCAGUGGGGUGGGUAUGGAAAAAAGUCAGUCCGCUGCCUAAAGCUCUGGUGGAUCACGCCUCUUGCAUGAUUAAACUGUCACAAGUGAAUGCAGCUGAUGAGAUGGGGAGAGGCACAAAGUGCUCCCCCUGGGGCAGCAGAAAGAUAUCAGCCCUCAGCUUGUUCACCACAAAGAAACAAGAAUACCCCUCUACCUCAGAAAAGAAGUAGGAUGGGAAUAUGUCCAGCAGAUCUGGCAGUGUUUGCCAAGACAUUAGUAUUUUAACAACUCCUCUAGUUGCCAGCCAAACACCCUGAGCAGUGAUUUGGAUCUCGUGCAUUUCUGACUUGGUGCUAUUGCAGUAACACACAUAAUUGACAAAAAAAAAAGAAUGAGUUCCCAAUUCUACUGAGCUCCAUGAAAACCCCUAAGAAUUCCUCAAAUUAUUUUUUUGACAUUCAGAAUCUGUUAUCCUGAAUAACAACCAAUGUAGAACUUAUUUCUAAUGAGCAAUUUGAGAGAUUUUAUGAGGAAAUCUUCCAAAGAGCUUUGAAUUCUAUUUCUAAUAGUUUCCUAACAGACUAAGGACUCACAGAGAUAAAUAUACACAAUGUUUUCAAGACUCUCGCCACUGGAUUAAGAGCACUGUGACGACAACCUUGUCCUCAUCAAGCAGACCAGAAAACUUACACCAGUGAACGUGCAUUCAACCUGUGUCUGUUUGAGCCACAGUAUAGGUUCAGAGAAGAACCAAGGACCUGCCAAGUCCACAUCUCAUGGGCAGUUGACAGUCUAAGGGGCUGCAAUGGCUGAAAAACCUGAUGUGAAUUUUGGCCACAUGGGAGAACGAACCUGUGGGCCACAGGACACCCCGACAGACCAAGACAAUGCGGGGCUCACAUCCUCCCUGAUACCCAACCUGCAAAGCAAUAAAACAGCUCUGCCUACAAGGGCUUCUAGAAAACAGCACAAAGACCAAACAGAUAAUAG